CUGCGGUAUAUUUGAAGAAUUCAUCUCCAAUUGAAUGCGUGUGUUUCAGGUGCAUGGAAGAAUACCCUUAUUGUGUGAAAAACAUUUUUGCACACAGUUCAUUCUCAGAGAGACAACUAUCGUGCACCACUCAACCUCCGAUGCAACAAGCGAAUGGAAGUCUUUUAAGUUUACCAGGACUUCCUCCAUACCAGUCACCGCAUAAUUCGUCACUAGGAGGUCCAUGCAGAACCAAAAACUCGGCACCAAGCAGUACAUCAUGUUGAUUUCUGUAAAUUUGUUCAUUAGGUCCCUCAGCUGGUACUCUGAAAACGUCAUUAUGCGAAGUAAAUUUGGAAGAUGUCCCAAUGGAACUUGUGACCUCUGAGGAAGACUGUAAAUCUGAGUAUACUGAUACUUCCCUAUCAACAUGCAAUGAUUCGGUAGACGAUUCAGUUGUUGAGCACUGUACUACAGAAUUGGAUGAAAUUGAACUCAGAAGUCGCGCCCUAAGGAGUAUGCUUUUACAGAAGAAAACUACCACAACAGACGCAGCACAAUCAAAACCUGAUAUUCUAUCUAGUCAUGAUGUAUCCACGAUCAAGUAUGAUCAUUCGAAAGUUGAGAUAUCAUGUGACUCAACUGCAAGACAAAGACAAAAAUUUGUGAUAACUUUGAAUGAUUCGUCUGAUAGUGAUGACUCACUUACUUACUCUGUCGGGGCUGUUUUUAAGGGUACAAAAGCCAAUAAUUCUGCAAAUGAAUCCUCUAAUGUUGUAAACACUAGUAAUAACUCAUCAAAAAUUAGUCGUUUUCAUCAAGAAGAGAAAUUGUUGUUACAACGUAAAAUGGAGCUGCUCAGACUUAAAUUAACAGUUAAGCGACAACAGAGCUUAAUUGAUGAGCGACGCAAAAUCGUUCGAAAAUUGUCAACUACUUUGUCAGAACUUCGUAAGCGUAUCAAAGAUACUACUUCGUUGUACAAAGAAGCUAAUAAGUCUCUACAGAAAGCUCAGCGUACAAAUGUCGCUUACCAAAGGAAACUGGCCACAGCCCAAAAGUUAUAUUCUGAUGCGCUUAACUCUGUAAAUCGUUCUACUGCUGAUGUAAUUAAAACAGGCUUUGCCCUUUCUUCUGUGAAUUUGCGCAGAGAUCUCAUUGUUCUGUCCCUCGGUGUCCUACAAAGAGCCAAAGUUGUCACGUGGUUUCUUGCACACUACAGGCUCGAUUCGACGGCUAUAAAAUGCAAUAUAGAAUGUGUUAAGCCAUCAUCUGAAUCAAAAAAUGAACCAGAGACUCCUAAUGUGCUUGAUCCAUUUCGACCAGUAUGUCCAUUUUUUCUAAAUGGUGAAUGCUUAGAUAAGACAUGCAUAUAUCAACACUUCAAAAGUUCAACUAAUCAUACUAAAGCCAAAUCAAAGAGUUAUCCACGUUUACCUACAAAAGGAGGCUUGGUUUCUCCAUUAUUUGAUUAUGAACAAAGAGGGAAGUAUGAUGAUAAACUUUUUUGUGAAUUGUGUGACGAAAAUCUGGUCACACCUUCAUCUGAUUCUUGUCAGACACCAGCAUUACAACGUUGGCAUACGGCUUAUCUAGCCUACUUGUGUUCAAAAACAAAAAAACAAUUCUAUGAUAAAUUAUUUAGUGACUUCAAGGAAUGUGGUGCAGAUUUAUGUGCACACUUGAUAUUCGGACUUCUGCUGAAUCCCAGCCUAGAUAGAUUACCGGUUGAAGACAAAAUUGUUAACUGUUUGAAAUCAUCUGGUUUCCCUUUAGAUGCCCUCAAGACAGUAUUACGACAUCCUCGUAUUAGUAUACCUAUUCGAAAGUCAAUUAUGAAGACUUCUACCGAAUACUUAGUUUUACAAUUUCAGCAAGACAACAAUCAGAGCUCAAAUAUCGAGUCAUCUUUCAUAUACCUCAUUUAUCAGAGAUGCCUUCUUGAACAAGAAGUUGGUUCACAUGAUAAAGUGGAGAUCAUAUUAAUAGAUAUUUUACAGGCGCUACCUAAAGAGAGCAAACUUAUGUUUGUAUUGUGGUGGUUGCGUUUACAUCACCAAUUGAUUGGUGUUUUGCCCCCGGAAAAUCUAUCAUCCACUGCGAAUAUGCCAUACUUCUCCAAAUCAGUUCUCUUAUCCAAUCAGGAGCUAAUUGAAGCAGCAGUCAAUGAAACGGGUAUUUCCGAAAACUUAUUCAAACUGUUGGAAUUAUUUUCAAGCAACAGCAGUAGCAGUACUAUAUUCACCUGCUUUCUUUCUGUUGUCCAUUUGUAUAUACAAACUCUAAACGCGAAUUCCAAAUUUAAAGUUGCUGCAGAUACAGCGCUUUCUGUAGCUUUGUUCUCUACUGAGUAUGUAGAUGAUUUAUUUUUCCCGUCUGCAGUAUAUUCUCUAUUCUGUUUGGAUUCUUCUCUUGAUUGGACAGCGAUGAUUGCUAAUAUACCUGAUAAAUUAAGGGUGAAUAUUAAGUUGGAGCACCGCAUAGAAUUUGGAUUCUUGUUAACAUGUCUGAAUUGGCGUAAAAAACCAUUGGGCUGCAUGGAAUCUCAUCUUAUUGAAUGUUUAGGCAAUUUAAUUUUUCUUCCUAAAGAUGACAAUGAAAGUAUUAUUUCGGCGUAUAAAGAUUUGUUGAACAUAACACCUAUUGAUACUAGUGUGAAAAAUUUUGAGCUCAGUCCACGAAGUUCUACGUAUUUGUGGCUUAGCUAUUCUUUGUAUAUUUUUCUACAUUCCUUAGAUUAUCGUGCAGCUAUGGACCAACUAUUGGUGCACUAUAAAUCAUGCCUUGAAACCUGGGGAAAUGAAGCCAGAAAUCAUACUUUCAUUCGUCUCUUAGCUUUAAUGAUUAUCUUUUUGGCGAAUCAUUUAAAUCAAAGUGACAAUUUGACUUACUUUAAUAUGAUAAGGUCACUAUUUAUAGAUAAUCCUUUACAACUAAAUCGUCAGGUGCUUCCAACUUACUUUCUUGAAUUGGUUCAACAAAUUAAUGUAGGUCUUCUUCCUCCUGGAAUCCGUAGUGAUAUGUGUGUACAGCUUGUUGAAACGUACGGUUCACGUCUGGUCCCUUCAUUAUGUAGAACUUUAUGUGCUGUAGGUGAUCAUUUCUUGGCUCAAAGCUUGUGUGCAAUUGGAUGUUUAGACAAACCUGACGACGAAGACUUUUGGCUUUUAUAUGCAUCCAUUUCAUUUAAUACCCUAUCACGUACGAAGUCAUCUGAACAACUAUCAACUCUUUUGGAAAUCCUGACAAAUGCAACCACAAGGGUGACUUCCAGCUGUCGUCUGUGGAAAUAUUAUGCGCUUGCUGUUCGGAUUGCAAAUGUUUCCGUUGGACCAAUAACAAAUCGUGCCAAAUCUGCUGGGAUGUACGAGCUUAUUUCAAGUGGCUUAAAAGAAGAUAUUCCCACAAGUUUAUUAUCAGCAACUGGAUUUCUGUGUAGUGAAAAAUCUGGCAAGAAAAAGUUCAAUUAAACAUCGAAAGUAAGUCUUACGUUACUUUAGAUGAGUAGUUUUAUAGCACUGUCGCCCUAUGGACGCAGUGUUACAUUCAACGUUGAUAACUGAUUUCAUUUACUGUAUAUGUCCAAUUUUUUAUCCAAUUCAGUGAUUUGCUAGUUAUUUCAACAAAGUUGAUCGGCACAUCAGUCUACUCUCUACAUCAAAUAUUCCCUAAUUAAUUGUAGGUGAAUCCAUCAACAUAAACCACUGAUAGCCUGCGAGCAUAACCGUGCAAAUUUGACAAGAUAAAAGAAACAUUGCUGGAAAAUACAAGUGAAAAUAUAUGCAAUCAAAACAUUUUACUUAUAUUCUCAGGUAUUCAUUUUCUUUGCUUUAUAUAUCGCCAUAGUCCCUAUAAUUCGUAAUUACCUCAGAUCAACAGUUGAAAACUUCAUAGAUUUUCAUAUUUUAAUAGCUGUUCUGACAUUUGUUUAUCUUUUGUGAUAACAGAUGCACCGUCACAACUAGGCGGUAUCUCUUGUCUCAUAGAAGUGUUGCUGUAAAUCAAAAAUGUACACAAAUUACUGGGUUCACUCAAUUCCUAAGAUACUUCAACAUUAUCUAGGAUAAUAAUAAUAAUGCUCUACAACUGGCUAACUGACUGAAGAAUCAACGUAAAACUUCGCACAAUAUAACUUUUCAAGGUAAUAUAUGUCACAAGUGGCAACUCGAACUGCUGCACUUCGGUGCCAAGUUCUAUGUUGAAUCCAGCAGCAGCAGCAGCAAGUGCACCUGCGCCAUAAUGAUCGAGUUCGAACCACAUCAUCUAAAGUCUCCAGUCUUCAGUUCCGAAUAACUGGCGAGCGAAGACAGAAAAAUCACCAUAGGACUUUUCAUGGGUAUAAUCCAGUUCAACUCGCCAUACCCAAAUAGCACUCAUAAGAAGAAACUGUUGUCACGUACAAACAUGAGUUUCAGAAGAGGCCUCUUCAUCAUAAGUUGUCGGGCUUUAUGAAUUUGUCUCACACUUUAACUUGGUCACUUAGUGUAUAUUUUUCCAUGUAGUCCUACCCAAAAUAACGUAACUCACUAUAUUUAAUUAGCACGACUAGCGAAGAAUCAAAACAUAUACCGCGAACCUCGUAUGUUCUAUACUAUAAGCAGAAAUUAGACAAUUGUAUAGAUGGAGAUUAAAUGGCCAACGGCUCUGACUUAUUACUAGUGAAUGUAUAUGGUAAAAAAUGAACAGUUGAGUCAUACUUUUUGGUUACCUCAUAUCUCGGUGAGGAUUUUCUGUUACAACAUCGGGGAGUUGUGAUAGCACAAUACUGACUUUAAUAUUCUGAUUGGGUGUGUAAAGUUGUAAACAAAUUAUAUUUGUCUUUUUAAUUCUCUUUAUCCAAGCUAGUUUAUUAGUAAUUUAUGGUUUCUCUCAGUGACUCAUUGAUAAGAGUAAUUAUUAAAAAAAGAAUCAUUUUUAAAAUUUUUAAUUCACUUCAAAACACAAGUCAUCAAAGAGAUUUCUUUUGGUAACUUCACUUCACAUUUACACAGGGAGUUUAUAUAUGCAGUGUUAAUUGACAACAGCUGUCAGGGUCAUAGUGGAUUAGUAACAGAAUACAUCAAAAUGUAUGAGUAAUGACAAUGAUUUGGAAAUUGUGGAUAAUCCUAUAUAAUAGGGGGGUGUUGACAACUAAUUAGCUAAGUGACGAAUAAUCAUUUGAAAAUGAUUUGUAGGAAGCGGAAGAACAAAGAAUUAAAAAUAAGUUACAAAGAUAAAAUUAAAAAAAUAAAUAAGACUGAAAAAUAAGAAGGAUCACGUCGAGUGUAUCCUACAAAACUAUGCGGUAAAACAAACAUUUAUCCAGCCUCUUUACUACCGUGGGUCUUAGUGUCAAUUUUAGUUUUCUUGAAUGGUUGUAUAAUGAACUCUAUGUGGUCCGUUUUAUUUCUCAUUUUUAUUUGUUCAUUUUCGUUACCCAUUUAUAAUCUUUUGCUUUUUAUCAAUUAUUUCCAAAUGAAUAUUCAUCCAUUAGCUAAUUAGUUGCCAACCCUCCCCAUUACAAGGAGUAUUCAGUAUAUUUACACAUUGUUAUUAGUCAUUCACUGGGUUAGCAAAAGAGUACACACAUUUUGAGAUAGCAGAUGUGUAUGUACAUGUUCCCAUAUGCGUAGGGUUGCGAAAUCUCUUUCAGGAACAAUUUCUUUGAGUGGUAAAAAAAGAAGCAUAGUUGUUAUGCUUUCUUUAAUCCUCAAAAAAGCGUACUGUUGAGUAAUUUAAGUUUGCAUAUGUUAACUGGAGCCAAGGUUUCGAAAUUUUGCUACCACUAUUUUAAGGUAAACAGAGAGUUUAUUUAUUUUAUACACUUGGUUCCCUUGAUGAGUUUCAAAAAAGAAAAAAAGACCAGAUUAGCAAUAUACAAUGGGAUCACUGUGCGUCAGUGGCACAGCAGUAUAAUGCUCGCCGACCACACAGGUGGUCCGGGAUUCGAUCCCCGACCGAUGCACUCCUUUACCUCGGUAAGGGGGAAAGUUGGGCCUGAGGCUGGUAACUCCAUCCUGUGAAGCUAAUCACCACUGCUACAGAAACUUCAAGCCUCUUGCUUGAAGCCGUAUUUUCCACUGGGAACGCGAAGGAAUAAAAAAUGGUGUCAUUCUAUUCCACAGGCUCUCAUCAACUGCAAACUACCUGAAAUUACAAUGGUUAUAUUACAAUGAAAUUAGCAUACUUCAGUGUUUGAAUAAUAGUAAAGAAAACGUUAUGAAAUCAACGCAUCCGAAAUAUAAGCGUUACAAUUCGCUUUAGUUUAAGUUGCCAUCAAUUUAUAUACUUUCAAAAUAGAAAAGGAGGGGGGAGAGAAGAUAGAAAAUCUAAUAAACAGUGUUAGCAUGUAGGCUUACAUAGCAACUCAAAAAGAUUAUAGUUCAUAAAAUUGAAAACCUGCUCAGUGAGUUGAAAUCACUAAUAUGAAUGACUAAUCAAUGUUAUCGAAAUGCAGUUUCCAAGGUAGCGAGAGACUGAUUACACUCCCUUUCUGUAUGCAUAAGUUUGGUUUGAAGCGUUUGAUUGCAACUGCUUCAGCAAAUAGUAGUGAAUUUGCUGUGCUUUGUAUGUUUAAUGUUUUGAAGAAUUUGGAAAUCUUGGCGAAAUGACUCGUAUCCAUAAGGUGUCUGGUAACGUUGAUUGUGUUUAAAUAACCAUCACUUACGAUAUAUAAUUGACAUACUGGUUUUAUUUUGCACAUGAAUUAACAAUAGUAAGCCAUAAUCCUGUUCCGAUGACCAUGCUUUUAUGGGCGCUUUUGCUUGAUACAGUUUGUCUAUUUUUUUCUAUGAAAUAGGACGCUAUGUAGUAUCGGUUAAAUUUUUAAAAAAGUGCCUUCAGUAUUGUACCUCACUUGUUUGGAGUUCUUAUUCUAAUAGUACUGAUUUGUUUUUCUUCUGUUAUUGUUGGACGCAACCAUUAUGUACAAAAGAAACCUGUAUAAAAUUCUUGUGAGCACGUUUAGUUUAGUUCAUUAUUAUUAUUGUUGUAAUAAUGAUAGUAAUUAUUUUUUUGUUUUCAUUAUUAUCGCAAUCAUUAUUAAUAUUAUUUCUAACAUCUUUGUUAUUAUGUGCUCAUAUAUUUUUUCGUUACAGUGUUUUCGCCCCACCUCGUAACUGUUCUGUAUAAAUUUUAGGAAACUUUUCCACACAUGCAUAAUGAUGAGAACACCAUAUAUGUGUACAUAUGCGUAUUGAUUUUUGCUUAUUUGGUAAGUUUGUCGGUCAAAUACGAAGUAUGACAAUCAACUGAAUUUUGCCAGUUGUACAGUUAUACAUAUAUAUUCUUUUUUGCAAAUAAUAAAGCUUUCAGC